AGACUUUGGCAACUGAUCCAAGAGACAAGAUUUAUGCUCUGUUAGGAUUAUGUCACGACGGUACUCAGUUUGUGCCCAUACCGAACUAUCGAUAACCCGUCAAGCAAAUGCUCUUAGAUAUGACUCGAACCAUGAUCACCUUGACCGGCUCACUCGAUAUGAUAUGUCUUCGAGGGACUGGAAUUGUGCCGAAGGACAGCCCGAAAACGCCCUCAUGGGUGCCUAGCUGGACCACCUUUUGGUCUGGGAAUAUGACGGCUCUAGAAAGCAGAUUCUCGGAAUGGCACACCAUUUCCGACUACAAUCCAAUUCUUCCAUGGCCAAAUACUGAUAUUCUCAAAGUGUGGGGAUUUAGAUUAGGCACUGUAAGCGGAAUGAGCUCAGCCAUGCGUCCGCACGGAGAAAAGCAUGAAAGUCUAUCUCCAAAUCUAUCUCGUUCUCACUGGAUAUCAUCUACAUCCACACUACACCAGAAAGACCCCCGGUUGGACAGUGCCGCUCCAGAGCAAAUGAGCUUUCAUGAUCAAAUAUGGCAAACACUUACUAUGUCACUCGUCUCCGACAAGUUCGACAGCGCCAUAGUGAGAAGCUGUUUCUCAGCGCUCUGGACUCCCGAGGAAAGGGGUGCAGUGCGUAAUCUUGCUCUCAUAGAGUGGAUUGAUAGCAACGCUUGGUUCAAGAUCGGCGAAUUCACACUUCGCGAAUGGUCUCAACUCAGAACUCCUGGUAUAAACAAAGCCUCUGGUGAGGACUGGAUGGGGAAGUCAUUUGUUGAUAAAUCCAUCAGGACAGAUACCAGCAACAUUGGCCAACGGGCUGAAAAUUGUCAUACGGCCGAGCAAAUGGACGCCUUUAUUGAUGUACUCGAGGAAGUUUUAGGAAGUGGGAUGCGACUUGCGCUUCUGGAAUCCGCUGCUCUGCCACAGGAUCCCCCUUCUCGGUUUCCAUACCUGGUUUUGGUACAUCCGGAUGUACAGGUCGGGGAUAUGAUUCAGUACUUGAGAGGAUGCAGUAUUCCGGUUGCUUUGCGAAGCGAAAGGGAUAAUAAAGGUGCGAACAGCUGGGGACAGCGUUUCCGAGUCAUUGGUGGAGCGUACCGAGUCGAAACAGAGGAUUUGAAAGUGUUCGAAAGUCUUAGAGAAGAUGGGCGUGACAGUUGGCAUAGAGAUCGCCCAAGGGGGCCUUUUGUUUUAGACUUGAUUUAAAUAAUUAGGAUCACAUUUCCUAAAGUUGUGACAGAUAAGGUAUAUGUGAUGAGGAAAUAUGUC